AUGAACGGACCAAGCAACAGCAAGCCUGGUGCUCAGCCAGCAAAGGAACCAACCAAGCCAACGACACAGCCUCUCGCGACGAAGAAUGAUCAGUCCGGCAAUCGAGCAUCAUUUGCAGGAGUUCCAACCGGACCACGCUCGUUGAGGAAGCGGCCAGCACACUCCUUGCCACCAGCACCCAACACUGCUCUCAGAACUCCAGUACCUGGUGCGCCAGCCGGGCCAAAAGCGAUGAGGACGCCAAUGCAGCAGAGUGCUGUGAAGCCGGAUCCUGACAUGAUCAAACUCACCGACCAGGAGAUUGAGCAGAAGUUGAUGGCAAAUAAGGCGGAGGCCGAGCGAAUCGCUCGUCGACUUGCUACGCUUGAAGCUGAGGCGGCAGCUGAUAGCGAUGGGCACUGA